AUGGGGAAUAUAUCCUGUGCACAGCAAAAAAAGCCACUAACAAUGCUUGAGUUAAGCACAAAAAUUGGGGAGUAUAGAACAAUAAAUGAGGGAGAUCCUGAGAUGAUAGAAGAUCCAGAUUUCCCACAGAAAAUGAUGAAUGAAGCGCUAAGUAACAAUACGACAAUUGAUGGGAAUGCUGUUCAAGGGACAUUUGUUUAUUACCCAAAUAAAAUGAAACCCAAAAUGUGGAUAGGAAAUUAUAGAAUUUUAAAUCCUGAAGAUAUUUUAUGCACAGAUGUAGCCGAGAAAAUUGGAUUCAGUGAAUCAGAAUGGAAGAAUUACAUGAAAGCAAGAAAAAGGGAACAGGAUGAACCCAACAACGUCGAAAUUGUCCCAAGUUUCGAUUCUGCUCAGGGGGUGCAUUCCAUGACUUUAAAAGAAACGAAGAAGAGAGGAAAUAUCGAUCCUUGUUAUGGAGAAAAUGGAGAGGACCUUGAGUCAUAUGGUAGAACCCAAUUUAUAAAUGAUCCUUUUCGUUCUAAUGGAAAAUAUGAAGGAAAAAAUGGUCAUGACAAUGAUCAACAUCCACAUAGUAACAGUUGCAUUGUAGAGGAUAACGAAUUUGAUGAAGAUAUCUAUUACGAUAUGAAUAGUACAAGAGAGGAAGAAUCGGGGUUAAUGGAUGAAGUGGAAGGUGUAGAGAUAGUGGAAAAUAUGCGUGUCUUGAACAAGAGAGAUAUUUAUAACAAACAUAAACAUGCUAACCAAUUAAGAGAAGGAAAACAUGAUGAGUUAAGACGUGGAUAUAUAGAAAAGUUAAACAACGAAAUUGCUACUAUAAACGCUCAGCAAGAGAAAAUAAUUAACGAGAAACGCAAUGACUUGUUUAUGUAUUCUAAGUCUAACAGAAGUAAAUUAGUUGUUCCUGAGAAUAACGGAUCCCUUUUGAUGCAAAAUGUAAAUCGUUCAAAAAAAGGUGAAAAAAAUAAUAUAAUUGCGGAACUUAUAAGCGAAAACAAUAAGAAAUUUAGCUCGAAAAUAUAUUCUUUAAACAAAAAGAAAAAAGAAGGAUAUGCAAAUUUGUCAUCUAUGAGUACCAAGGGAAGUUUGCAAAUGAAAACCUCCUCAAAAGACAAGGAUAGCACAUUAAAUAGGACAGUUUAUCUUAACAGGACUUUGGUUAAGUGA